AAAAACAGGUCUUGGAAACGAGAAAUCCCCCAAAACCACAAACAAACAGGGGUUUAAUUAAUGAAUUGGAAAUCCAUUUUGACAAUCUUGAUACUAUUUAAGCAGCCGAUUACGAAGUUUAUUCAGUCUUGAAUCUCCUAAGGAAUAGAGAAGGAAGUGAGAAAGAUCCAACAUAAUGCUGUUCAAGUACACACUGGUAUUGCUUGUCUGCAUACUCCUGAUUGACCCUUCAGAUGCGUGGGGCAGAAGACUUAAGAAGAAACUGAAGAAAAUUAUCAAGAAAGUGGCGGAACCGGUGAAGAAAAUAGGCUGUAAGGCUCUGUUCGCAGUAGCUUGUCCGUCCAAUCCAAUCGCAACAGUUGCGUGUACAGUUGGGCAGAACAAGAUUUGCAAACGAAGUGUUGACAUGAGUGUUAACAUAGUGCCAUUUUCUGACGACAUAAGCGAUUAUGACGUCAACGGUGACAAACGCGUGAACUACGAGGAGUUUGUGUUCGCGGUAACGAGAACUGUCAACCUGGCCGACCCAACGGAGCUGCGCCGACCGUUCACGUUUGCUGAUGUCAAUGGUGACGGUGAAUUGGACACGCAGGAGUUCAUUGCUGCCCCUUUCUUGUUUGCACAUGUCGAGCAAUCAAAUGCAACGAACACAAUAAGCUACGUCUGAGAAGAGAGGAAUUGAGCCGAUUUGGCAGUAUAUGUUUAUACUAUAUGUAUAAUAUUUCCGGUCAGAAAUGUAAUGUCUCUUUACAGUAACUGUCUUUUCUAAAAUAAUCAUGACUUCUAAUUGAUCUCGACAUGCAAGUGACGGUUUAUUUAUUGUUUAUACGACUCACAGCUAACUGGUUCAGGAAUUUUGGCUAGAUUUAAUUGGUAAAAUGUAUCCUACAUCGGCAAUAAGUUUCAAUUAUUUACUUGGAACAAUUUUUAUCUUUGUAUUUUAUUUAAUAGAAAACAAUACUUGUUUGUACUAUUUUAAUGUCUAUUGAUUUUUAUACUGUGUUUUUUUCAUACCAUUUUUUUGAAAACUUAAAAUUUAAUUAAUAAAUGUGUUUGAUAAGUUUUAAAGAUUUUUACUUACAUUUCUUCCAUGUCCCUAAAUGGCUUAGUCUUACAUCGAUAAGAAUUUAUCAUUAUCUGCUUGUUUUUAUCUGAUUAUCAUGCCAACUUUAUUGCUUUUUUAUGUUGACCCACGUUGUCAUCCGUUGUCCUUGAGAUGAGUCAUUGUUGGCUCGGCAUUUUAUCAAAUUUAAUAUUAUUUUCAAUGAAGAGAACAUAUGGUAGACUACUCACCCUAAUUGGACACAUGCUGUAUAAUUAUAUUUGUAAUGCUCCAUUAGAGUUUUUAAUAUUAUUUUUUCUGUUUGUAAUAUAAAAUGCAUAUCUCCUAAAAGGAGGAAAUACUGAUAUUGGUUUGUAUUGUAUUGUAUGGACUUUAAAAUAUACGAUAUCGAAAUAAAUUAACAACUUAAUUAUACUAAAUACCAUGUGAAACAAUAUUAUCAUGUUAUCUAUUAUGCUAUCAUGCUAUAAACAACAUGGGAACUAAA